UCUAUUCUUAGUUGUAACACUAUACUAGUACAAGCAGACAAAGGYCUCUUGUAUGAGUGCUGACAGUAGUACMCGGUGAGASCAAAAUGGUGGUAGAUAAAUUAYUACUACUUGUAACAAUUUUAGUAGCUUUUACACACGCUCACAYCAACACACCUACUAGAUUUUAUACCAAAAACCUGGAUGACAUAUAUAGUCAGAUWUCCGUCCGUGACAGCAGACCGGGUAAAAUUAUGGSCUCGGUAGGUAAUGGGUAUAUGGGCACGAUUAUCUAUAGUGAUACUGUGCAUAUAUCUGGAGUAUAUAACGGUAGAGCUCGUUCUAGACGUUGGCCUAUAUACCCUGUGUAUUUCAACGAUCACACGCAUCGAGCACGCAUUCCAUCGACUUGUGCCAUCAACUACACUGUCCAUCAUGUCAAUGGCAGGCACUCCUAUGCUUUAGAUGUUUACSAGGGAGUAUUUUAUCACUGGUUUCAAUCUAAAGACUUUAAUGUGGAGCAAAGGAUUUACGCACAUCGAGCAUGCAAGCAUGUAUUUGUAGUCGAGUUUGUUGUUAUAAAUAACUUGGGCGUUGAUGUUUUCGUAAAUAUCACGAAUAACAGGGGACCAUCGUCGACAGAUAUCCACUUCAAAUAUUAUCGCUUCAAACAUGGAGUCAAGAUGGCUGUCGGUAAGAUUAAACACGCCGAGGACCGCCGGGGCUUCAAAACAAAAGUUGCGCUGGUUUGGAACGAAGUCCCAUCGACUUUACWUGUCAAGUCUACUUCCAAAAAACAAAGUUGGUUCUUUAUAACUUCAAUGACAACAAACAUCAAAUACAAGAUAACUGAUGUAGCAGAACAAGCAAAAACACACUGGAAUGACGCAUGGAGUAAAAAGGAAGAGUUACUCGCGUCCCACAAAAAGGCGUGGUCAGAUCUGUGGAAAACAGGAUCGAUUGAUAUCGAAGGCAACCUUGAGCUAUCCCAGGCUGUCUAUGGUAGCAUGUACUAUAUUCUCAGCUCGAUCAGAUCUGAUUGGCCUUAUGGUCUAAGUCCGGGGGGCCUGCCUGGGGGAGAGGAAUACAUGGGGCAUACAUUUUGGGAUCAGGAUAUCUGGAUGUUUCCAUUCUUGGUUUUGCUGUACCCUGAUCUAGCGAGAAGUUGUCUCCARUAUCGGUACGAAAGGCUCUCCGCAGCAAGACUUUUGGCGCAGAAGUAUGGAUUUACUGGAGCCAUGUUUCCUUGGGAGAGUUCGUUAAGUGGUCUAGAGACAUCACCAGGCGUGUACUAUGGUGAGUGUCAGAUACAUAUCUCAGGUGAUAUCGCACACGCCGCUAAACUUUACUGGAGAUUAACAAAAGACUACCAGUGGUUGAAGCUGAUUGGUUAUCAACUUGUUAAACAGACCGCUGACUUCUGGGCCAGUCGUGCGUUUAAAAAUAGAGAUAAAUACGUCAUUGAGUACGUCAUGCCCCCUGACGAGUUUCAUUUCCCAGUGGACAAUUCGGUAUACACUAAUGUCAUCGCAAAGCAGAAUUUAGAGUUUGCUAGACAGGUUUCCAAAAUCCUUGGUAGAGACUACCCUAAACGCUGGUCGAGAAUCAUAGAUAAAAUGUACAUUCCUUUUGACAAAAAAUUGAAUUAUCAUCCAGAGUUUGACGGKUUCAGUUUGAACAUGACAGUAAAACAAGCAGACACGAUCCUGAUUGGCUAUCCAUUGAUGUAUGACAUGAACAGACAGGUUCGAUGGAAUGAUCUUCAYUACUACACUAACAUCACCAGCAAGUAUGGUCCCGCCAUGACCCAUUCUAUGCAUGCCAUUGGAUGGCUGGAACUUGGCCAAGAACAACGUGCUUUUCAGGCAUUUCAAAAAAACUUUGAUAAUAUAGAGGGACCAUUCAAGGUUUGGACGGAGAGGAUCAAUAGACGAGGUGCWGUUAAUUUCAUCACUGGUGCUGGAGGAUUUCUUCAAGCUGUUAUGUACGGAUAUGGCGGAUUUCGUAUCAGGGAUAAACAGUUAGAAUUUUACCCAACACUACCCCCCACAUGUACCAAAUUGACCAUACAUGGCGUGUAUUACCUUGGAAACAAACUMCAGUUUACAAUCAGGAAAAACUGGUUUAGGGUUGUGUUGACUUCUAGAGGUAAAAUCAAUCCUGAUCUYGAACUGCUCGUCAGAAGRGAACGAUAUCGGUUAGUGGAAGGAAAUGSUGUUGYUGCAAUGAGAGGMCGCGCAAUUGUGCGCAUGGUCAAGAAACUAUGAYAACAGUGAUACAUAYAACUAA